AUGCAGCCGCUCCCGCCGCCGGUGCCCGGGCCCCUGGCCCUGCUGGACACGACAGAAGGGUUUGCGAGAAGAAAGAAGACUUCCCUGUGGUUUGUGGGGUCUCUGCUGGUGGUGUCCACCUCCAUCCUGACCGUCGGCCUCGCUGCCACCACCAGGACGGAGAACGUGACCAUGGGCGGCUACUACCCUGGGAUCAUUCUGGGCUUCGGAUCUUUCUUAGGAAUUAUUGGCAUCAACCUGGUGGAGAAUAGAAAGCAGAUGCUGGUGGCGGCCAUCGUGUUCGUCAGCUUCGGCGUGGUGGCCGCCUUCUGCUGUGCCAUCGUGGACGGCGUGUUCGCUGCGCGGCACAUCGAGCCCAGGCCCCUCACCGCAGGAAGGUGCCAGUUUUACUCCAGUGGGGUCGGCUACCUGCACGACGUCUACCAGACGGAGGUCACCUGCCACUCCCUGAACGGUAGGUGCCAGCUGAAGGUGAGGAGUAACACCUGCUACUGCUGCGACCUCUACGACUGCCACAGCACCGAGCACCCGCCCACUUACUACGAGUUCGUGGGCGUCCGCGGCUGCCAGGACGUGCUCCACCUAUAUCGGCUGCUCUGGGCCUCGGCGGCGCUGAACGUCCUAGGCCUGUUCCUGGGCGUCGUCACCGCGGCCGUCCUGGGGGCCUUCAAGGACAUGGUCCCGCUGUCCCAGCUGGCCUACGGCCCGUCCACAGCGCCUCAGGCCCUCUACAACCCUGCCCAGCAGAUCCUGGCCUCCACGGGCUUCUGCCCGGUGCCCCCGGCUGUCCCCACCUGCUCAUCGUACCCACUGCCCCUGCAGCCCCCUGGUGGCUUCCCGGCCUCACCUGGCUCCGACCUCUCUCUGUCCGAGGAUGUGCAGCCUCCGUCCCAGCCCGGCUCCAGCUGCCGGCCCCCCCCGAAUGCCCCCCCCAUCUUCGCCCUCACCCACUUCCUCCCCAGGGAGAAGCCUCCCCCCUACGCACCGUGA